UUUGAUAAAAAAGAAUCCUUGCAUUGGGAAUUCUCGCAUUGGGUGGAAUUUUGACUGGUCAAAAUUGAAGCUGCCUGGAGAGAGAAAACAAGUCCAGCAGCGGGCAGUCAAGGAUGUUCCAGUCGUCCUCGUCGUCCCUGGAACCUGCAAUGAAAUAGGGCGUGAGGGUUGCUGCGUGCCGGCUGGGAAGAGGUGUGGACAGUGGACCCAUCGAUCAUCCUUGCCAUCGACGAGAGAGAAAGGGGAUUCGCCGGAUCCGAUGCCGCAGCGACAACAGAGAAGAAAUCCAUGGGGUUCAAUUUGCUUUCCCAGGCCUCAAGCGACCAUUGAUGGAGAAUAACUAUGGCAGCUCGUCCCGAAGUGACCGUCGCGGUGGUGGAACGCCUGCAGGAGAGAGGAGGGCGACACUGUAAUGGAUUGGCGGAGAUGGUAGCAUCGCGACCAAGGCGGAAGGCGACCCGCUGGUUGACGUUGUGGCAGCUCCGCGAGACACGCCCGGCGAGGGACGCUGCCGGUGUGGUUGGUACCUGGUCUCCCCAUAGCAGAGCAUCACCUAUUCACCUUCGGCCACCUUCUGCUUUGCCCAGAUCCGUGUCGUUUGUUUUAUCUCAAUUUUUGAGAUUUAGGUCUAAUUUUUGCUAGGCACCAUGGGAUAGUAGGCUGCGUAUUCAACGAUUUCUUUUGGGAUAGUAGGCUGCUUAUUCAACAAUUUAUUUUGUGCUACGUACUUCGUAUUUGUUAUGAUUUUUUUUUCUGAAUUCCGGUUCAACUGUGAUGAAUUUUUACUUGAUCACUGUUCGAAUCUCCCCAAUUUCCUACCGAAAAAGAGAGAAUGGCUCUCAAUGAAAGCAC